AUGGCGCCGACCGUGGCCUCGUCGACACGGGAGCGGUUGAGAAAGAUGGCUUUACUCAACCCGCUACCUCUUGCCGGCUCCCAAUUCCUUCCUCGCGACGUCUAUACGAUACCUACAGAUGAGCCACCUCGGAGCAAUGCACCCGUUGCGAGCAGCGAAAGACGUCCACCACCCGGCUCACAGGACUCACCACUUUCCGAGGACGAAUUAGAAGCAGUUUACGGCACCAAUAUAGCAUCAUCGCCUCCAAAUGUCGCAGCUCAUUCCAGACAAUCUGGCGCUCUAUUCGUCAGCACAGUAUCCUCAGCGCCAUCGAAAUCAGCAGGCGCUCCUCGACCCACCGAGCCAAGGAAGGUACGAAAGACGCCUGCCAAGCAUCUACCAGAGAAAGAAGUUGGGAACAAGAAAAAACGUCGUCUUCCGGUGCACGAACUUAUGUUAGUGGCGGCACCGGCUCCAGAUGUGCUUCAUGAUCCAGUCAGCCGCUACACCGGUCAAGAGGCACAGGAUCCGAUAGAUGGCACUUCGCACUCCGAGCGGCAAUCUAGCGAUGAGGAAGGCGCAGGCGUUAAAGCACCGCUCACUUCGAUCCGAAAACGGCUCAAGACACCCAAGUUUACACACAGAUCCGUAGUCGCUCUCAGAAAGAAGCAACAGCAGCGUGCAACGCCGUUCUUUCCGUCGGCACGGCACACUCACGACCUUGGGGAUGGCUUCAGCGCGUUGGAGCGGAAGCCCAUAGCACGGCGCCUGGUCACGACUGCAGGACGCACGCCAAAGCCGCUACGACACAUCAAUGCACUUACGAUCGGAACUGGUCCGUUGCCUGGCGUCUCAUUCGCGACAAGCAGCAGCUCUGCUCAUCGGUCGGAUGCCACGUCUCUCGACCGAAAACCACAUACUUCUAGCGAGCAACGAUCUGAGGGAGCGCUGAGACGGCGGGUCAGUUUCAGCGACGAAGUCUUGGCACGAUUGUCCACGAUUGCCGCGCCAAGGCGAGCGUAUUCGAUAUCCUCAGAAGAGAGCGAGGAGGAGAUCGAGGAGGACGAUUUUCUGGACGACGCUUCCGCGAGCUCAGUAGCCUCUGAGCAACCCGAGCGGAUGUCGCGUGAUCCGUCUCCGAGCGCAGGAUCGGUAGGCAUUGCAUCGAGAAGGCCUAUGGGCAAGCGACUCAUUGAGGUGAACGAAGCGAUUUCCUCCCCUUCUACUUCCGAGAGUGAUGGCUGGGCUCAGCUCACUGCGUCCAACACACGACAAAACAGCCGAGCCGCCAAUUCGGAGAUCAACCUCGACGCGAACAGUCGCUAUUUCACCUCAGCUACUCGGAUGCUUGGCGAAACUUCCACAAAACCACGAAUCAUCAAGCAACGCACUUCUGAUCGAUGGGCUUUGUACUAUCACGGCCAGAAGGAGAUCCAAGUACCUUAUAGCGAAUCCCACAUCGCUGAGUCGUCGACUGCCAUUCGCGAGACCUCACCUGAACCGCAGGACUUCACCUCGCAUCAGCUCCGUCUCCUAAAGAGAGGUCCCGCGGCAGAUUGGACUUGCCCCUAUAGGUAA